AUGUUCCACAGCCCUAUGCUCCAACUAAAGGGCAAAAUUACCAAGCUAAUGAACAUAAAAAACAACUACCUGUACAAGUUUUCCAUCUUCAUGAUUCAUCGCCAGCCGGUGGACGUAAGCGUCAUCUGCGUAGUCCCAGACAAGUUGCUUACCCAGCUCCAGAGCAAACGUAUGUCCUGUCUCCUCGAAGUGGCGCAACGCAUGUCCAUGGCCGCUUCGACCACAACCUAUACGGCCACAGAUUAA